GCUAUCGCGAGAGAACACGAGAGCCAUUCUCGUCAAAAGAAACGGGACAACAUGGAGUGCUUACUCGGGAUUCAGGGCAAUGGUUUCGUUAUUUUGGCCGCCGACAACAUAGCUGCACGCAGUGUUCUGGUCUACAAGCACGACCAUGACAAGAUGCACAAGUUGAGUGAUAAGAUCCUGAUGGGCUGUACAGGGGAGUCUGGAGACACGGUACAGUUUGCUGAGUACAUCCAGAAGAACAUCCAGCUGUACAAGAUGAGGAAUGGUUACACCCUGUCACCCCACGCUGCUGCCAACUUCACCAGGAAAAACAUGGCAGACUACCUCCGCAGCUCGACCCCAUACUUUGUGAAUCUCCUGAUUGCUGGCCAUGAUGACACAGCAGGUCCACAGCUGUAUUUCCUGGACUACCUGGCCUCGCUCAACAAGGUGCCGUUUGCAGCACAUGGCUACGGCGGGUUCUUUGUGCUUAGCGUCUUCGACAAAUACUACAGGGAAGAUAUGACCAAAGAUGAGGCUGUAGAACUGCUGCACAAGGCAAUUGCUGAGAUCCAGAAGCGUUUCAUCGUAAACCUGCCCACCUUCAGUGUACGGAUGGUGGACAAAGACGGAAUUCACGACUUAGAGCCAAUACCAGCCAGACCAAUUCCAUACUAAAUAGUCCUAUCUGCACCA